AUGAACUCAAUAAGCAAACAGCUUACUGCCGCCUGGGUCCUGGGCCUUGUGCCACUGGUUCUUGCCCACGACGCUCACCAAGACGACGUCGCGGGAAGGAACAUGGACAUGUCCCACGCCACCAAUGAACCCAAGCCUGAUCCCAAUAGCUAUCCGCCCACAUAUUUUGGGCUCGCAGAUCAUGCGGGCAUAAUGUACGCGCACAUUGGCGCCAUGGUGUUCGCCUGGGUCCUUGUGCUGCCAGUUGCUGUCAUGCUCUCAAUUGCACGUUCGAGGUAUACACUUGCGCUCCAGUUCAUAUUCCUCGCCGUGAAUGCGCUUGGCGUGCUCCUGGGAACAAUCUACAACACUAAUACUCCUGAUCUCUACCCCAAUAACGCGCACCACAAGUUAGGCUGGCUUGUGACCUUUGUUGUGUCGGCGCAGGUCCUGGUCGGCCUCCUGGGAAGAGUUGCCAGCGCAUUGAGCAGGGAGGAGCGCCAGACGUCCGACGAGGACGACUAUCAGUACUUCAUCCCCGUAUCUACCACCGCCAUGGCCGAACAUCACCGCGUCAAUAGCCCUCGGUUCGCCAGCGAGUGCCGCCUCUCUAACGACAGUGGCCAGGGUACUGAGCCUUGUACCGAAUCGCUCCGGAGCCAUUCCCGUUCCUCGUCUUCCAGCCAAAUGUCCCCGCGUAUUUCGGAUGAUCACCAAAAAGAGUACGUCGAGGAUGAUGAUGAUCACGAAGACAGUCUUUCCAUGCUCUCGCCGAGAAGCAAUAACGAGAAGAAGGUGAACUCGGUCCUUGCCAAGAUCGCGGGCAAGGUUUCGUCGCGUGUAUGGAGAGGUAUGAUGUUUGUCUACAGCUUUGUCGAUAGGAUCAUUCUGCCCCUGGGGUCCGUCCUUCUGUGCCUCGGCAUUGUGACGUACGGGCGUUUUUUCGAGGGCAACGGCAUCUUUAGCGGCCUGGCGCAUUGGAUCAAGGGCGGCAUCUUCUUCUGGCUUGGCUUGUUGACUCUCGGCCGAUGGACAGGUAGUUUCGGCGAAGUAGGAUGGGCGUGGAAUGUUCGGCCGAAGCGCGCCGACGGCAAAUGGCGACCCUCGGCUGAGUUUGUCGAGAGUGCCCUCAUCUUCGUCUACGGCUCGACCAACAUCUUUCUGGAGCACCUCGGGAACUGGGGGGGAGAAUAUAGCGCGCAGGACCUGGAGCACAUCUCUAUCACUGUGCUGUUCAUUGGCGGUGGAUUGGUCGGUAUGCUCAUUGAGUCGAGCCGCAUCCGAGAUUUCCUCAACACAACCGUCAUCAACGCCGCUGCGAUCACACCCGAGCGAACCUACGACGAGGAAGAACGAGAGACGCUCCAGCCGCCAAAGCAGUACGAGUUCUCCAUCAACCCCAUCCCGGCGCUAGUUAUCCUUCUCUUGGGAAUUAUGAUGAGCUCGCAUACGCAGCAUUCGAUGGUUUCGAGCAUGGUCCACAAGCAAUGGGGCAACCUCUUGACGGGUGCUUCCUUCUCGCGCGGCUUGACCUAUGUCAUCAUGUACCUGAAGCCUCCCCAGUCGGUGCUGCCCUCCCGACCCCCCACUGAGCUCCUCGCUGCUUUCGGGCUAAUAUCCGGAGGCAUCAUCUUCAUGGCCAGUGCCAGCGACACCAUUGAGGGCAUGGAGCACUACAACCUGGAUGCCAUGUUCAUGUACACGGUGACCAUGGGUCUCGUGGGACUUUUGAUGGCUUGGGAGAUCAUCGUCCUGGCCAUCAAGGGCUGGGCGGUGCGCAAAGAGACUGGACGGUUGUCGUACCCGCGUGUCUGA